AUGGCCCGUCUCAGCGUCUCUCUCCUCACUGUUCUGUGCGUCCUAGCGGCAUUGGCCCUUUCUAUGCCCGUCAAGCGCGAUGAGCAGGCACCUAGCCACGGUUUCACUCUUGAAAGCACUCUUGAUCAAUUGAAGAGCGCUACCAAGCUUAUGGACGGUCUUGAUAACAAAGACAGCAACGACAAGGAGAAUCAGACUGAGCAUGCUCCUGCAGAAAGCGACAGUGACAACGAAGCUCCCGCUAAGGAGCAGAAGAAGGAGGCCUCCCCACCGAUUGAUGACUCAAGCUCCGAUGAGUCCAAGUCGGAGGACAAGCCUACCUCUACCAAGAAGUUGUCCUCUGGUACCUUCGUUACUCCCACUGCUACCAACACCCACCACCCUACCUCCGUGCCCAACGCUCUUGGCAAGCUUCCCCUCGUUGGUGGUCUCCUCGGUGGUGCUGGAGGUGGUCUUUAA